CACUGAGGCGGCAAGGCUAUUGAGUUAGAGGAUGUGACCGUAGCACGAAUGUACGGCGUCGCUUGUGAUUGAUACGCCUUUGGCAUUGCACGAUUGUCCGUUCCAUACACUCUUUUACUCUCGAGACGUAUGAAAUAUAGCCGUUAGUGGGUGUGGUUGUCCUCAACACAUGAUCGGCGAAUGACGCCACUCCAGCCUCCGAAUCCCAGCCCAAAGGCGUAUGAAAUGACUUCAAUUCAUAUCUGAUCCACCUUCACGCCAAUCUGACACGCCACCCGCAUAUUCGGUCGAAGAACAAUGCCCGAGUCGACCGACAUGAAAUCCGCCGCCGCACUCUUCUUCAGCAGCUCGCGCUUCGCCGUGGCCGGCGCCUCCUCCCAACGCCACAAGUUCGGGCACAAGAUUUUCGCCUGGUAUCUCAACCACGACCUCCCCGCUGAGCCGCUGAAUCCCACCUGUUCGACCGUCACGGUGCGCGGGAAGGAAUACGCGACAGUCAAGUCGCCGUCACAGCUGUCCGAUCCCAAGAAUACUGGACUAUCGGUUAUCACGCCGCCGCCGGUGACGGAGAAGAUUUUGAAGGAGGCAAAGGAGGCUGGCGUCAAGGCUGUGUGGCUUCAGCCGGGCAGUUUUACGGAGGAAUUGCUGGAAGCGGCUAUGAAGGAUUUCCCGGGUGCGGCGGUAGGGGGUUUUGCAGAUGGCACUGUGGGUGGAGAGGGUUGGUGUGUGCUUGUUGAUGGGGAGAAUGCUAUGCGGGCUGCUGGGAGGCAGGAGCGGCUUUGAGAGCGGACGGAUUAAACGAGGAGAAUGUUCAGAAAGAGAGGGCUUACAUGUAGACUCGGUCGGGUUUCAUGGUGACAUUCUUCUGGACACUGGAGGAGGACUGUUACGGGCGACUUGAGGGGAUGACAUGGCUUUCGAUACAAGACUGGAUGCACGACCAUGAAUUUCCCCGUGGACGAUAACGCCGAUAUGGGCCAUUGUGC